CAAGAGGACUAUUACGGGCUCCAUUGCUCGGAGUGCGAGAAACGAGACGCGCUAUCGCGGAGGGUGUAGAGGUUUGGCUGUCUCACGGGGCGAGAGAAUAUCCCAACAAUGGACGGUUGGGAGAUCGUUAUGUAUUGUGUUGUUGGUGGACACUACAUUUUCACAAUUUGCUUCUCCUACGGGCUCUACAAGUUCAUAUACCCCACACCGUGAUACGGAGGAGAGCUCUGGCAAGUUACCAUCUGACCGACGCUUCUUUACCUCGUUCAAUGUGAUAGUUUAAAUGACAUAGUCUACUCUUUUGCUUUGACGAUGUAAUAAUGCAGUAAGCAAAAUUGGAGAGUGCACUGUGGUGAGUAGUGUAGUAGGUUAAAUCUUGCUAUGCAGUAGGAUAAAACAGUCACGGUUUAGAAACUCUCCUCAUCUUAGUGUAUUUUAGGCUAUCAACAUAGUCGAGUCAGCGCUGAAGCAGUUGCGACGGGUUGUUUAGCAUUUGCCCUGCAUGAAGAAGCCACAAUUCGCUGACCGAUCCUAACUAGAGUCGAGUUUGUGCUUUGCACAUUCGUGCCACAGCGAACCGUAGCGCUCGAAAAUCCCAUCCUGGACCGGGAGCGCCUGCUGCAUUAAAGCACCUUUUAUCGGAUUGUACCCUAGGGCUCUCUCUCUCAAGCGAUUACACUCACCUUUUUAUGGGGAAAAUAGCUUAAAGCCACAAUUCCCUUCGGAAAACCGUUAAAAAACGCUGGCUGCUAGAUUGUAUGUCGCCCACAGCUGUGCGCGUAAAAUUGUACAUUAGUCAGGGAGCAGUGCGCAAGCUUUGAGACAGGGGCAGUAGGGGUGGCCCUUGCUCUCUUGUCCAGGAGUGUGAGGGAAGCUUUGCAGGGAGGAUACACUUUGACGCACACACCACCGCCUCAGCUAUGGCUCUGCCGGACAACUCCAGCGGCUUGCCUGGGGAGGAGGUGCCUUUCCCGGAGAUUGUGGAGCUGAAUGUGGGCGGCCAGGUGUACAUCACACGCUACGCCACACUCAUCAGCGUGCCCGACUCGCUCCUGUGCCAGAUGUUCAGCCAGAAAAGCACCAAGGGCCUGGCACGCGACACCAAGGGCCGCUUCUUCGUGGACCGUGACGGCUUCCUGUUCCGCUACAUCCUGGACUACAUGCGGGACCAGCAGCUGGUGCUGCCCGACCACUUCCCCGAGCGUGGGCGUCUGCAGCGCGAGGCCGAGUUCUUCAACCUGCCCGAGCUCGUCAAGAUGCUGGCGCCCAAGAUCAGCAAGCAGAACUCGCUCGGUGACGACGGGUGCCAGAGCGACCCCGAGGAGUCUUCCCCGAGUGCCGACAUGGCGGCACGUAACCUGGCCUCGUUGGGUGCGGCUGCAGCGGCCACCGCGUGCGCCACCCUGGCGUCCAGCUCAGGCGACGGCAAGCGCUCAGGCUUCAUCACCAUUGGCUACCGCGGCUCGUACACGCUGGGCCGCGACAGCCAGACGGACGCCAAGUUCCGGCGCGUAGCACGCAUCAUGGUGUGCGGCAAGACGUCGCUAGCCAAGGAGGUGUUCGGCGAGACGCUCAACGAGAGCCGCGACCCUGACCGACCGCCCGAGCGCUACACGUCGCGCUACUACCUGAAGUUCACCUUCCUGGAGCAGGCCUUUGACAAGCUGGCCGACGCCGGUUUCCACAUGGUGGCCUGCAACUCCACGGGGACCUGCGCGUUCGCCCACGAGCAGACUGACGACAAGAUCUGGACCAGCUACACCGAAUACGUGUUCUACCGCGGCAAAGCCUCAAUCCCAGACAUCUGGCCAGAGUUCAGCAUUCCAGACGAGCCCCUGGCCCCACAGGCCGGCACAGACCCCAACGUGUCCUCCCUCUGCAGCCAAGCGGAGACCAACAACACCCUGGACAUUCGAAACGGCGCCGCCCUGCUGGAAGCCCCGCUGCCUCCCUCGCCUCCACCUGCCUUGGACAGCCCCGACCUGCCCCUGCCCCCACCUCCACCCCCGUCCGCCCUGGACCCGCUUGCUGCCUCCGCCCUGGAGAGCCCCACCACGGACCCGGCCGCCACGCCACCCCCCAACCCGCCGUUUCCGCCCCUGUCUCCGUCGCCCCCGUCGGCAUCCCCUCCGGCGGUGAGCCCGGCACGGCCCACCACCUUGGCGCUCAAGACCCUGCCGCGACCCUCCACCGGCCAGUCCUCGCAGGCCCAGUCAUCCCAGGCCUCAACCACCGGCGGCGCUCCGUCAAAGGAGAACGGCGGGCCCCCGGGUCCUGACCCGGACGAGGAGGAGCGUAAGAUUCUGGAAGAGGAGCUGAAGAAGUGCAUCGAAGACUUCCACAGCAUUCGCAUCCCAAAGCUUUUCCCCGACCGUAAGAGGAACUGGCAGAAAGACCUGCUUAAGAAGUAUGAGUGAUGUGUGAGUUAGGCUGGUCAGGCAGAAUGUGAUAGUGGUCUUGGGCUUUUGUUUUGUUUUGUCAGACCCAGUUAUCUUUUUUUUUUUUUUUUUUUGAGGUUCCAUCACUCAAGAAUCAUAUAUGCUGUAACCCUGUCAAUUAUACAGUGCUAUUGUGUGGCCCUGUGCUGCAUGUGUGACCAUAAACAACUGAAUGAACUGUGUGCAUGAGUGUGUGUGUGUGUGUGUACUUUGUACUUUACAGAUUGAUAAUCUAGAUUCAAGCCAAAAACAAUGUCAACCCAACACAAGCUGUCUUCACUUUCAUGUUAUCAUUAAUAUGUUUGAAUGGAUAUGCUUUUCCCCAUGAAUGAACUUAUUCAAAAAGUCCCUCACUAUCCAGAAGUUUGAUCAGCAAUAAGAUUCUGCUUAUUCCGAUAUGCAAUGUGGCCAAUAGUUAAGGACAACAGAAUUAUUUUGCUGAGAGAAGGUGCGGGUGCUAUUUACGGAAGAGUAUUAGGGCCACAUGAAGAGAAGAUAUUUUUGAAAAUUCCGAGACAAAAUCUCUGAAUUUUUGAGACUAAAGUCACAAAUUUGCGAGAAACAAAGUCAGAAAUAAUCAUUUCUGUGAUUAAAGUCAGAAUUUCUGAGAAAAAAAGUAAAUAUUGUCGAGAUAAAAGUCAACAUUUUCAAGAUAAAAGUUAACAUUUUCGAGAAACAAAUUUAGAAAUAAUUUGUUUAGAAAUAGAAAUUCUGACUUUAAAGCGUCUGGUGCCUCCCAAAUGCAGGUGGCUACAAGCUGACGCUUUGCCUGGUCUAGACGCCUAUGUUUUGUUUAACUCAUGUAAAUCCCUUUUUUAUGCAAUAGCAGCCUCCAGCAUGUCGUUUCGGGUGUCUAGGCUCAUCACUGUUGCAUUUUUUGCCAUUUUAUUUAAUCGGAGUUGUAUUUUUUUAAAUUUUAGCAGCAAAUUUCGUCACUUGAAUUUUAAGUUAAUGCUUUGUGCUUCUGAUGGGCUGCUCUCUAGUCUCAAGUAUCCCUUUCUAUGUCUGUUUGUCUGUCUCUCCUGCCCUCUCCUUUCUCUGUAAAAUGAGGACCAAACAUAGGAAUCAUCUGACCUCUCUUGUCCUUGACUGUGUUUAUGACAAGAAUAACAAUGUAUUUCUGAUGAGUAUUGUUUUUUCUAACCUGUGUUGAUGGUUAUCUUUUUAAUUGAGAGUUAAAGUGUGUCUUUGCUAUUUUGCUAAACUUUUUGCAAUUGGCUGAUGUAGUUUUAUGUCACUGAUGGUCAAUAAAAGAAAUAUAUUUAAGCUA